AAGUGCAAGCCAGUAACUUGGGCGAAUCCCACUACUCCCGGCCGUCCCGCAGUCACGAUAUCACGACCACGCCAAUGCACGACUCAUACACUCAUUCAUGGAAUCAGAGGUGCCGCUACACAGCCAGGAGAGAUCAACUGUCGCUAUGAGAGUAACACCUACGAACAUGUCGGUCCGGAGACCUGUCAGAAGCUAGCAGUCCGUUACCAGAUUACACUGGACAAGUUCUUCCUCCUCAACCCUUCCUUGGACCGCGAAUGCAGGAACAUACUUCCUUGCGCCACAUACUGCACUGAUGGAUUCGUAGAGCCGAAGAGGGCAUGGGAUGGCGUGUGUGGCCCGUCGCGUCCAGGCGUCACCUGUGUUGGAACAAACGGGCAAUGCUGCAAUUCGGAGACUUGGCGAUGUGGCCAGAAAGACAUCGACUGUGCGCCUGGAACUUGCUGGGAGGGUAUCUGCUGGGGCCACAAAGUGUACACGACCGAUGGGACCUGUGGAUACGCGAACGGCAAUCGCCAGUGUGCUGGAAAGCAGGGAACUUGCUGCAGCAUAUAUGGCCGUUGUGGGAGACGCGAAGCUUUUUGCAGCGUGGGAAUCUGCCAAUCGGGAGACUGU